AUGCCGGAGGCCGGACGAGCAGCCCCAGCGCGGGCAACGCUCUGGCAGGGCCCUGGAGUGUCCGCUGAGAGGCAGAAGAUCAUCUGGGAGUGGCAGGAGCUGCGAGGGUUUCUGGAGGAGCAGGAGCAGCGGCUGCUGGCCCAGCUGGAAGAGCUAGACAGAGCCAUUGUCCAGAGAAGGGAUGAGGGCAUCUGCAGCCUGUCCUGGGAGAAUUCCCUGCUCAGCGAGAGGGGAGGAGAGAAGGGGCAGCAGCCGCUGAGCCAACCCCUGCAGGGUGCUGGGGGCACUGGGGGCAGCAGGGAGGAUGGGAGGUUUCGGAAGCCAGAGCCGUCGUUUGCAGAGCUGGAGAAGAGACUCAGCGAUUUCUCUCUGAAAAGUGCCAUGCUGCAGGAGUUGCUGCUGGGAUUCAAAGCCAUCCCGAUGAUGAUUAAUUGGUGGGAAACAUACUCAGCAGAAUUAUUUGAAGGUGUUGCACCAGACAGUAAAGGCACAGAGGCAGUGGCUUGUGGGAAAGAUGGCGGCAGAGUAACGCCCACCUUUGGCUCCAGAUUGUCCCAGCCUCCCAGGGGACAGGGAAGGGAACAGGCUGUAGUGGAGCCAGUCCAGGGGCCGGUGAUCUUCGAGGAGGUGGCUGUGUAUUUCACCAGGGAAGAAUGGGCUCUGUUGGACCCCCGUCAAAGAGCCCUCUGCAGAGACGUCAUGCAGGAGAACUAUGAGAAUGUGACCUCGCUGGGUGCCACAAUGGUAUGUGAGUAAAGAGGAGCAAAUUCUC